AGUUAACUGGUAUCACGGUCGAGGAGGGAAUGUACUGAGGGGAGCAAAAACCACCCGAGGCCAUCGUAUUUACAAUGUUACCCUUCAGACUCCUCCUUUUCUUGCAACUCUUGUCACUUUGCACCGCAUUCCUGCUGUCACCCAACGUAGGGCAACAAAGUCUUGCCCUGAGAGCGUCGCAAGGAGGCUCGAGCAACGAAGAUCUUCAGGCGCUUGCGGAGAAGCUGAAGAAGGGGAUGACGAGUUGGAGCUCGUUCGAGGAGGAAUCUCUGCCUGCUAAGAAGGGGAAGGGCAAAGUGACCGUACAGAAAGCCACAGCAAGGCCGUCGAAGGAGAGCGCGCUUGCAGCGAAGCCGGCGGACAAGUCACAGCUGAAGAUCCGCGUGGAAGUAACAAGAGCAGGGAAGGGAGGGAAAACAGUCACUGUAGCGAAAGGGUUUGAAGGGAUCCCUAUGGACGACCUAAAGGCCAUGCUGAAGGAUCUCAAGGUCAAAGUUGGUUCCGGAGGCAAAGUGACGGAGGAAAAGUGCAUCGAGCUGCAAGGAGAGCACAGCUCAACGACGAUCGAUUUCCUCAUCAGCCAUGGCUUUACCAACUCCAAGCUGUCGGGCGGACUGCCCAAAAAGUAGUGGGAGGUGAAAUGGAGUCUUUUCGAUCUCAGGUCACUAUCUCGGGGUUUAUCUCAUCAGAGCCGAGAUUGUACCA